AUGUCGAUUGACAUCUGGCCACCUGUCACAGCGCAAGAGCUCAAGCUUAAAGAGGCUGAAGCCCAGGAAAGGGAGCUGAAAUGGAUCGUUGACGAGACCCUCGAGGUCUGCCAGUACCUCAGGCAUGGCCUCGAGGACUGCUAUGCGCUGCUUGCCCCCAUCGACCCGGGCAGCACGCUGGUCAUGAGCACCCCGCGCAAUGAGAAGGUCAAGGGGACCAUCACACGGGUCGGCACCAGAAUCGUCAAGGGGUCACUCCACGUCCAGCUCCGAACCAUGCCAUCUCUGGCCCUCUCCCUCUCCCAGACGAGCGCAGUCCACAUCCAAGCUCUCGACACUAUCCACACCCUCCUCACCCAGUCGAUCGACAUGCUCGGGCUCACACUCCACAAGGACAGGGCGGCCGACGUCCAGUCCCUGGCCUCGAACCUCACCGUCCUCUCCGAGUCGCUCUCGGAAUGCACCAAGCUCCUCAAGGGACCGCCCCUGACCUCCUCCGACCCGGGCUGGCGGCUGGCCUCCGUCCCGCCCGAACAGUUCUCACCCGCCCUCGGCCCGAAUCUGAGUCUACACUUUAGCCUCCAGGAGAGCUGCGUCGUCCUCUGGCUGCGCGCCCUCGAGCCCGUCCACGCACCGGUCCACUUCGGCACCAAGCUCGGCCUGGCCAUCGGCACGGUGCGCAGGCUGGAGCACGACGAGAUGGACAUCGUCUUCAAGUACAACCCCCUCGGGUCCGUGGAUGCCGACUGCAAGAGGACCGUUGCCCGCCAUCCCACAGGCGGCAUGUCCAAACCGCCGCUGCGGCCGUCGCGCCUCGAGGACGUCUACGUGAGAGAAAAGGUCCGCGUCGAGAGCGCCGACCCCAGCCUCAUCUCGCUAUACUCUAAACUGGGUCAUCUGAACAAUGUGCUGGACCAGGCACGAAACAACCUGACUGCUGUCAUGGGGCUUGAGCAGGAUGCUUAA